ACUUCUGAUGUGUGGCCGCGUUAGAUUCAGUCAUGCACGCCAAACUGGAACUUUGCAGCGACGGAUCGGACGCGUGGCUCGUAUGUAUGCCGCAUGGCAUAGAAGGUGAGGGCACGCAAGGCCGGUAUCUCCAUUUGCCUGGUCAUGCUGCCGCAAUGGCAUUCACCGCAGGCUGGCUGGACUUGAGUGAUGUCAAACACUGAGAACGUAUGCAAAUGUGAACUGCAUCUGACCCAUUAACCGAGUAGACGGAGCAUGGGCCGCCAUUCCGCUCAAGCACCGAAUACACUUGAUGUUCCCUGCUUCCAUAACCAACAACUAACUCAGAAGGCAAUUGCACUAAAUGUCCAACACGUCACUGACUUCUUCAGACUGCAACCGAAAGAUUUUCUCUAAAGCCCCAAAUUCAUGCAUUCCUGGAGCCACACAGAAAAGCCACGGACAAGCACCUGGCUAUGGCCAUGGCUCUUGUCGUAGCACGAACAAUGGUGGCCCUGUCGCUGCUGGUGCUGCCUGGCACGGCCGCGCUCACCCACCCAGCAAACGCCACCGACGUCGACCUCUCGGCGCUGCUCGCCUUCAGGGCCAGCGUGCGCGACCCGCGCGGCAUCCUGCGCCGCAGCUGGAAUGCGCGAACGCCCUUCUGCAGCUGGCUUGGCGUCUCGUGCGACGCCCGUGGGCGGCGUGUCGUCGCGCUAUCGCUGCCGGGCGUGGUGCUCGGCGGCACCAUUCCACCAGAGCUCGGCAACCUCUCCUUCAUCUCCCACCUCAACCUCAAGAGCACCGGGCUGGCCGGUGCAAUCCCUGCCGAGCUCGGGCAGCUAGCGCGGCUCAGACACCUCGACCUCAACGAGAACCACCUGUCAGGUACCAUCCCCUCGGCGCUCGGAAACCUCGCCCAGCUCGAGUAUCUUGACCUCGGCUACAAUGGCCUCUCCAGGGCCGUUCCUCCAGAAUUGCACGCGCUGCGCAAGCUCAAGUACAUAAGCCUCAACUCCAAUGACCUGAGUGGCACCAUCCCUCAAGGCCUCUUCAACAACACUCCUGAUUUGAGUGUCAUAUGGCUUGCCCGGAACAGAUUUGCCGGAGGCAUACCUGAAGCGAUCGGUUCUCUGACGAAGCUUGAAAUCCUAGUCCUGGAGCUCAACCUUCUUACGGGCACUGUCCCUGCUGCCAUCUUCAACAUGUCCAUGCUCCGAAUCUUCGGUUUGGCGAACAACAACCUUUUCGGUACCCUCCCUGGCAACAAGAGCUUUAAUCUCCCUAUGCUGCAAAAACUAAGUCUUUCACAGAAUCACUUCACUGGUAGGAUCCCGACGGCACUGGCCAGAUGCAAAAACCUUGAGUCUCUUUCCUUGUCCAUUAAUAACUUCACUGGUCCUGUACCGGCAUGGUUGGCAACAAUGCCUCGGCUUUCUACCAUCAUACUGGCGGCAAACAACCUCGUCGGUAAGAUACCGGUUGAACUAAGCAACCUCACCGACCUUGUCAUGCUUGAUCUUAGUGCCAACCAGCUGCAAGGAGAGAUUCCGCCUGAAAUAGGCUAUUUGAGAAACCUCAAUUACUUGAGCUUUUCGACGAACCUCCUAACAGGUACCAUUCCUGAAUCCAUCGGUAAUAUAUCAAGCAUCAGCACUCUCGAUCUGACGGUCAAUUCCUUCACUGGAUCAGUCCCAACCACGUUUGGAAAUAUCCGUAGUCUUACGGGCCUCUAUGUUAAUGGAAACAAGCUUAGCGGCAAGCUAAACUUUCUCCAUGUACUCUCCAAUUGCAAGAACCUCACCACACUUGGAAUUUCAAUGAAUUCGUUUACAGGAAGCAUACCUGACUAUUUGGGAAACCUUAGUUCACAGCUCCAGUACUUCAUAGCAAGUUCUAACAGCCUAACAGGGAGCAUUCCAGAUACAAUUGCAAAUCUAAGCAACCUUAGAACAAUUGAUCUCGAUGGAAACCAACUGAGCGGGGCAAUUCCUGUAUCCAUAAGUACACUGCAAAAUCUCCAAGAACUCAACCUUUUCAACAACACCAUGACCGGUGCCAUCCCAGAAGAAAUUUCCAGAUUAAAACGCCUAGUAACAUUGCAUCUUGAUAAAAACAACUUUGCUGGCUCAAUAACGAGCAGUGUGGGCAAUCUAAGCGAGCUACAGUACAUGACAUCUUCUCUUAACUCGCUGUCCUCAAACAUACCGUUGAGCUUGUGGCGCCUUUCAAAGCUCAUCACACUUGAUCUGUCAUACAACAUGCUGAGUGGCCCACUGACUAUGGAUGUUGCCCAAGUAAAACAAAUUUCUCAAAUGGAUCUUUCAAGCAAUCUCAUGACUGGUGGCAUACCAGAUUCCUUGGGAAGGCUCCAGAUGCUGACCUAUCUGAACCUGUCAAACAAUUCAUUCCAUGAACAAAUCCCAAGCUCAUUCGGAGAGCUAGUCAGCAUAGAGACCAUGGACCUAUCAUACAAUUCCCUUCAGGGUUCCAUACCAAGGUCACUGGCCAAUUUGACCUUCCUCACUAGCUUGAAUCUCUCCUUCAACAAUCUAGGUGGUCAGAUACCGGACAGUGGAGUUUUCUCAAACAUCACAGUCCAGUCUUUGAGAGGAAACACUGCUCUUUGUGGCCUCCCACGAGUAGGCAUUUCACCCUGCCAGAGCAAUCAUAGAUCACGGAAAUCAUUGGUAAAAAUUAUACUUCCUGCAGCCAUGGGAUUUGCAAUUUUAGCUACCUGCUUGGGCGUACUAAUCAGAAAAAAGAUCAAGAAGCACAAAAAUAUUUCAGUUCCCUCCGAGUCCAACAUAAUCAACUAUCGGUUAAUAUCAUUCCAUGAGCUUGUUGGUGCGACAGAGAACUUCAGUGAGAGCAAUCUGAUUGGAUCUGGGAACUUUGGCAAAGUCUUCAAGGGUCAGCUAGAUGAUGAAUCAAUUAUCGCAGUAAAGGUACUCAACAUGCAACAUGAAGGAGCCACUGUGAGUUUUGACACGGAAUGUCGUGCUCUGCGUAUGGCUCGUCACCGAAACCUAGUGAGAAUACUUAGCACAUGCUCCAAUUUUGACUUCAAGGCAUUGGUGCUCCAGUACAUGCCAAAUGGGAGUUUGGACAGCUGGCUGUACUCCAGGAACAUCCAGCAGUGUUUUGGAUUCCUCAAGAGGCUAGAAAUUAUGCUAGAUGUAGCAAUGGCAAUGGAGUAUCUUCACCACCAGCACACUGAGGUUGUUCUUCAUUGUGAUCUGAAGCCAAGCAAUGUAUUGCUGGAUGAAGGCAUGACUGCACACGUCGCUGACUUCGGCAUAGCCAAGUUGUUGUUGGGAGAUAAUAACUCUAUUGCAUUGACAGGCAUGCCCGGAACAAUUGGCUACAUGGCACCAGAAUAUGGAUCAGCUGGUAAAGCAUCACGGAUGAGCGAUGUCUUCAGCUAUGGGAUCAUGCUGCUGGAGGUCUUCACAAGGAAAAGGCCCACUGAUCCGUUGUUUGGUGGGGAGCUGAGCUUGCGGCAAUGGGUUAGUGAAGCAUUUCCAUCCAGCCUUAUAGAUGUUGUCGACCCCGAAGUCAAGAGUGAUUGUCAUGCUGCCAAUCAUAGCACCUUGCAAGAGCAGUCCAUCAGCCUCAACACAUGCCUUGUAUCUGUAAUAGAGUUGAGCUUACAGUGCUCAUCAACAAUACCUGAUGAAAGAACCCCAAUGCACACGGUGGUAGUGAAGUUGAACAAGAUAAAGGCAGAUUACUGCUCUCAGAUGAAGAUGAUGUAGA